UCAGAGCUUUGUGGGUCUUAGUUUGGCUAGGCUCUGCUCAGCACAAAGGCUGAAAUGUCCCUGCCAGAGUGGCACAUUGCAGUGAAGCUGGCAGAUCAGCCGCUGGCUCCCAAAUCCAUCUUACGUUUGCCAGAGACAGAGCUGGGAGAAUGCCCGCUGGGUGGGUGCAGCAUCUCCUACCUCAAGCAGCUCAUCACCGGCAAACUGCAGGAGUCUGUCCCAGACCCUGAGCUCAUCGACUUGAUCUACUGCGGUCGUAAGCUGAGGGAUGACCAGACACUUGAUUUUUAUGGUAUCCAGUCAGGGUCCACUGUUCAUGUCCUGCGCAAGUCCUGGCCUGAGCCUGAUCAGAAACCAGAACCUGUGGAUAAGGUGGCAGCAGUACGGGAAUUCCGGGUCCUUCACACUGCCCUGCACAGCAGUCCGGCCUACAGAGAUGCAGUCUUCAAAAUGCUGGGGAAUAAGGAGUCGCUGGAUCAGAUCAUUGUAGCUACUCCUGGGCUCAGCAGCGACCCCGUUGCUUUGGGAGUCCUACAGGACAAGGAUCUCUUUUCAGUGUUUGCAGACCCCAACAUGCUGGACACGCUAAUCCCAGCCCACCCUGCUCUUGUCAAUGCCAUUGUCCUUGUUCUGCACUCGGUGGCUGGUAGCACCCCGCUCCCAGCUCCAGAGCCAUCCUCCCGAGGCAUGUCCUCUGGCUCCUACCGGGACAUGCCAGGUGGCUUUCUGUUUGAAGGUCUCUCUGAUGAUGAAGAUGACUUCCACCAGAGCACAAGAUCUACACCAUCCAGCAGCACUUCUGGUUCCCGCCCAGCUUCCCUUGGCUACGCUGGGGCUGCCGGACCCCGGCCAAUCACUCAGAGUGAGCUGGCGACGGCGCUGGCACUGGCGAGCACCCCAGAGAGCAGCUCCCACACGCCCACCCCUGGCACCCAGGGUCACUCCUCUGGGACCUCCCCGAUGUCAUCCAGUGUCCAGUCAGGGACACCCAUCACCAAUGACCUCUUCAGCCAGGCCUUGCAGCAUGCCCUGCAGGCCUCAGGGCAGCCCAGCCUGCAGAGCCAGUGGCAACCACAGCUUCAGCAGCUACGAGACAUGGGCAUACGUGAUGAUGAGCUGAGUCUCCGGGCCCUGCAAGCCACUGGAGGGGACAUUCAGGCUGCCCUGGAGCUCAUCUUUGCUGGUGGAGCUCCCUAGCUUUUCAGGCAGGAG